AUGGCUGCGCCGAGUUCAGAAGAGUUGAAGAAGGCAAUCAAAGACAUUCUCAAGGGUGCUGACCUUGACACCUUGUCAGCUAAAAAAGUGCGCAAACUGUUGGAGGACAAAUUUAGCGUGGAUUUGAAUGAAAGGAAAAAGGAAAUUGACAGCCUUGUGAUGAAAAUGAUAGAGGAUGAAGGAGAUGACGAUGAUGAUGCUGGGAAGAAAGAUUCCAAAAAAGCUGAAGGCAAUGACCAGAAUGGGGUCAGUGAGGAAGGAAGUGAUGUGGAAUCUGAAGAGGAGGUGCCCAAGAAGAAAGCCAAGAAGUCUGCAGCCCCAACAAAAUCCAAGAAGAAGAAGUCAGCCAGAAAAGCUGACGAUAGCGAAGAUCCGGUGAUGUCCAGUGUCAGACAGAUGGAUGACGAGGAUCUGGCCAAAAAGCUGCAAGAUGAGGAAUCUGGUCUCCGCAGUCGAAGAGCUGCAGCUCCUAAACCCAAGAAGGAAAGAGAAAAACAUCCAGAAAAGAAGAAGAAAACCUCUCUGUACAGUCGCCCUUGCCAUCUGUCAGAGCCGCUAGCUGCUGUUGUUGGAUCUAACGAGAUGCCUAGACCAGAAGUUGUCAAGACCUUAUGGUCAGUGGUCAAGGAAAGGAAACUGCAGGAUCCCGCUAACAAACAGUUCAUGAUCUGUGACUCACAGAUGGAAGGUCUCUUUGGUGUGAAGCGGGUCAAGCUGUUUGGCAUGAUGAAAUACUUGAAGAAGCACAUCACUGACCUGCCCCGCUAG